GAGCUUAAGAAUUCUUAUCAGACAAUAUUUUUAGGACAAUGGACAAAGCCAUAAAAUUGUACUCAAUAAUUGCCUUGCAUUUGUUGGUGACCAAAGCUCAGCCCCAGCAAUGCCCAUAUGGCUGGAAACAACGGGGGACAUCAUGUUACGCGUUUUUUACAGACAUACAACUUAGCUGGACAGAAGCAAUGUUAUACUGCAACGCACUUCAUGCCAAAUUGGUGGAAAUAGAGACAGAAGUAGAAGAUGAAUUUCUUCGUAUUUACGAGAUGGAUCAUGGAUUAAAAACAAGCUUCUGGAUAGGUCUGACUGAUACCUUGGUGGAGGGACAUUGGGUGUGGGAGACGUCACAAACAACCCCCGCCUACACUGACUGGUACCCAGGGGAACCUAAUGAUAUGGGACACCGCGAAGACUGUGGUGGCAUGUAUUAUUCUGGGCACUGGAAUGAUUUUCCUUGUAAUACAACCCAUAGUUUCAUAUGUGAAAAAGAGUUGGACAAUGAGGUCAGCGUCAUUGGAUGAUUGCUAUUUACGGUAGCCAGUAAUUGUGGGUCCAAAUAAAGAAUAAAUAUUUAAC